AAUGAAUUAGAAAAGAAUAAAUUGGAGGAUGAAUUGGAAGAGGAUGAAUUGGAAGAGAAUGAAUUAGAAGAGAAUGAAUUGGAGAAUGAAUUGGAAGAGAAUAAAUUGGAGGAGAAUGAAUUAGAGGAGGAUGAAUUGGAGGAGGAUGAAUUGGAGGAAGAGAAUGAAUUAGAAGAGG